AUGUCCGGGAGUCGAAUAUUGUACCAGGUCGUUAGCUGUCGCGCGCAAGAAAUCUAUCCAAAUCGUUAUUUGUUGUGCACUAGCAAUGUACCAAAUCGUUACUUGCUGUGCGCAAGCAAUGUACCAAAUCGUUAUUUGUUGUGCGCAAGCAAUGUACCAAAUCGUUAUUUGUUGUGCACAAGCAAUGUACCAAAUCGUUACUUGUUGUGCACAAGCAAUGUACCAAAUCGUUAUUUAUUGUGCGCAAGCAAUGUACCAAAUCGUUUAUUAAUAUGCGCAAGCAAUGUACCAAAUCGUUAUUUGUUGUGCACAAGCAAUGUACCAAAUCGUUAUUUGUUGUGCACAAGCAAUGUACCAAAUCGUUACUUGUUGUGCGCAAGCAAUGUACCAAAUCGUUAUUUAUUGUGCGCAAGCAAUGUACCAAAUCGUUAUUUGUUAUGCGCAAGCAAUGUACCAAAUCGUUAUUUGUUGUGCGCAAGCAAUGUACUAAAUCGUUAUUUGUUGUGCGCAAGCAAUGUAACAAAUCGUUAUUUGUUGUGCGCAAGCAAUGUACCAAAUCGUUAUUUGUUGUGCGCAAGCAAUGUACCAAAUCGUUAUUUGUUGUGCGCAAGCAAUGUAACAAAUCGUUAUUUGUUGUGCACAAGCAAUGUACCAAAUCGUUAUUUAUUGUGCACAAGCAAUGUACCAAAUCGUUAUUUAUUGUGCGCAAGCAAUGUACCAAAUCGUUAUUUGUUGUGCGCAAGCAAUGUAACAAAUCGUUAUUUGUUGUCCGCAAGCAAUGUACCAAAUCGUUAUUUGUUAUGCGCAAGCAAUGUACCAAAUCGUUAUUUGUUGUGCGCAAGCAAUGUACCAAAUCGUUAUUUGUUGUGCGCAAGCAAUGUACCAAAUCGUUAUUUGUUGUGCGCAAGCAAUGUACCAAAUCGUUAUUUGUUGUGCGCAAGCAAUGUACCAAAUCGUAAUUUGUUGCACGCAAGCAAUGUACCGAAUAGUUUUUUAUUGUGCGCAAGAAACGUACCAAAUCGUUAUUUGUUGUGCGCAAGCAAUGCACCAAAUCGUUAUUUAUUGUGCGCAAGCAAUGUACCAAAUCGUUAUUUGUUGUGCACUUGUGCACAAGCAAUGCAAGUACCAAAUUGUUGUCUUUGUGCGCAAGCAAUACACCAAAUCGCAAACAAAUUACUACUCCUUGUACAACAUUAAAUUGGUUUUAUUUAACGCGUCACUCCUUGUAAAUUUUUACUCCCAUUACUCAUUUUGCCCGACAGCUGGAAUUAAUGUAUCCAAUAUGUACGCUUUGAAAGAAUGAAUAUGACCAAUGAUUUUAGACUCUAUUUAAAAUUCUUA